GAAAAAUUGGGUUCGUUCUUAUUUGGGAAAAUAAAAAAAAAAAAAAAAAAAAAAAAUGGCCGGGGAGGACACGCAGAUUCUGGCGAACGGAAAUGGCGAGGCUCUGACGAUUAUACCAUCCGGUGAUAAAGUUACGAAUGGGAAUGGUCUUCUUUGCACGAAGCACAACAACAACGGGACCAUACCGAAUGGCAAAGUUUUGGAUAUUACGAAUGGCGAUAGUGGAAAACUCGUAAUUCCCGUUGAGGAGAAAAUCAACGGGAUACACAAUGACGUCGAUAACGACGAUCCCGAGAUUUCCUGCGGCUGGGGACCCUGCCGACCUCGGUGGCUCCAGUUGUUCGCGACGAAACAAGCCUUCCUCGCUACUUUUUGUGUCACUUGGGUGCUCCAAGGAAUGUAUUACACCUAUUUCGUCUCGGUGAUAACAACGAUCGAAAAAUUGUUCCAAAUUCAGUCGAAAACGACCGGAAUAAUAAUGUCAGCGACGGAGAUUGGCCAGAUCGGUUCGUCCCUUUUGCUGACCUAUUACGGGGGUCAGGGUCAUCGACCAAAGUGGAUCGCAUGGGGAAUGAUACUGUUUGCGGUCAGUUCCUUCACGUGCUCGAUGCCCCACUUCAUAUUCGGCGAACAGCUGAUACAGCAGAACGAAAUGUUGUUCAGUGGCGUUGGACCGGCUACUGCACUUAACCCCGGUGCCGGUGGGCCCAAUUCCACCGUUCCCGUUCCUGCCAACCUUUGCCGAAUGUCCGCUCACGAAAAUUCUACCCUUGGACCGAACGGAUGGAUUUACGCGACCAGCACCCCGAACGUUCGGACCGACUCGGCCGAAUAUUGCGAGGGCGAAUUCCUCAAGGAGCAACGAAUCCAGAGCAAAAUCACGACCGCAGUCCUCGGGAUCUUUUUCGUCUCGCUACUCGGCGUUGGCAUGGGUCAAACCGCAGUUUACACGCUCGGAAUACCUUACAUUGACGACAACGUCGCGAGCAGGGAAUCGCCGCUUUAUUUCGCUAUCACGAUCGGGGUAAGGAUUUUGGGUCCUGCGCUCGGCUUCAUUCUCGGCUCGGUUUGUACGAUGCUCUACGCCGAUUUAUCAGCAGAGCCGCAAAUCACGACUUCCGAUCCAAGAUGGGUCGGUGCCUGGUGGCUCGGCCUCGUUCUCAUCUCGGCCAUGCUCAUGCUCGUCAGCAUCGCCAUGUUCGCGUUCCCAAGUCGUUUGCCAACCAGUCGAUCACCGUCCAAAAUCGAAGACUCCAAAAAGCCUAGUCUCAAAGAUUUUCCUAAGGCCGUCAAGCGACUACUGAAAAAUGACAUUCUCAUGUUUCGAACAGCGAGCAGCGUUUUGCACAUACUUCCUAUCGCCGGUCUAUACACAUUCUUGCCGAAAUACCUCGAGACCCAAUUCCGACUUCCUGCACAUCAUGCCAACAUGAUUUCAGGAGUCGGAGGGAUUUUGGUAAUGGGCCUAGGAAUAAUAAUCAGCGGCGUAUUUAUUCUCCGGUGGAAACCGAACGCGCGGUUCGUUGCUGCCUGGAUAGCGUUCACUGCAGUCGUUUACGCGGUGGGCAUGGGCGUCCUCAUGUUCGUUGGCUGUCCGAUGGACGAUUUCGCUGGCCUCGCGACCAGGGACAAUGGAUUGUCCGGAUUCGAGCCAACCUGCGAGUCGACCUGUGACUGCGAUCCGAACAAAUUCAGUCCGAUCUGCGGUGCUGACAAAAAAACUUAUUUUUCGGCCUGCUUGGCCGGCUGCUCCAAUUAUACGAUCCAUGACAACAAAGUUUCUGGGUUCACCGACUGCCAGUGCAUCGCCGACAAUUCGACGCUGCCGGAAAUAGCGGGAACCGCGACAAUCGGCUUCUGCGAUCUCGAGUGCCAAAACUUUUGGGUCUACAUGAUAUUAUUUUCGUUAUUCGUUUUUGUACAUUCGACGAGCGAAGUGGGCUCCAUGCUGCUCAUCCUGAGGUGCGUCGACCCCAGGGACAAGGCCAUGGCUCUCGGCCUCAUACAAUUCGCCAUCGGCCUCUUCGGUAAUGUCCCAUGUCCUAUAGUCUACGGUGCAGUGGUCGAUUCGGCGUGCCUCGUUUGGGAAUAUUCGUGCGGAGAGCGUGGCGCCUGUUGGCUCUACGAUUCGAACACAUUCAGGAUGUUUUUCCACGGAACGACUGGAGGAAUUUUGAUCCUGGCGUUCGUGGUCGACCUCGUGGUUUGGUACAAAGCUGGAAGUAUAAAUUUCGUGGACGAGCAAACCGGGGACGAGGAGGGUUCGGCGGAGGAAAUGACGACCUUGAAAUCCCCGGAUUCGCAGACCGUCGAGAACGAUUAUCUCUGAGAGAGAGAGAAGCUUGAGAACGGUAACGAGAUUAAAUGAGAGUGACCGCGAAGAGGAAAUUUGGGUUGGAGCAAUGAAUGUCGAUUGUCGGAGCGUCACGUCGAUCUUGAUCGAGGCACGAAUGUCUUUCCAGAGCCACUUUUUUCAUGGGUGACAUUCAUGGGACUUGAGCCACGUGAUUUCUGGGAAUUAAAUCACGCGUGAAGAGCCCCAAUUCGGUGGUCGGCCAAGGAAAUUACGGUGGUCAGGAUCGAUCACGUUUUCAUUGGAAAUUCUAUUCUGGAAUGAAGAUGAAAACGUGAAUAAUACAAAAGUAGAAAAAUAAAUGGAGAAAUAUACAAUAUUUUUCGACUCUCAGCGAUGUACGAAUAAUAAUUGCCAUAUUUACGUAAAGUUAGGCCUCGAAGCGACGUAUGACCGUGUUUUUAUUUGUGCUUUUUUUCAUAUUUCGCGUGAGAAAGAGAUUUUUAAAUCAUUUUUAUCUUCCUUCGAUCGAGAGAUCCCAAAAAUUCUAAUUUCUUGUCUUCAUCGUUUCGAAUCUUUUCGACCGAACGUUGAAUUUUAUGAUUGAGAAAGCGAGUUUUAUUCUAUUUAAGAAAGUGAUUAUCAUUGAGAGGGAAAUUCAUCGAAGGCUCAAUCGAAUUUGACAAUUGGCCGAUUGACGCCUCUCGAUAGAGGGCCGAGGGAUUUUGCACGAAUUCGUCGAUUUUAUUCUUUUCUUUCAUGGAAAAAUAUAUUUUUUGUCAUUAGCCGCUGUGAAAUAAGCUUAAACGAAAGUACGAGAGUAGGAAGAGAGUUGAGAGAUUGAAGCUUAAGAGAAUCAUUAAAGGACGCAAAAACUGAGGAGAAAUCACAUUGAAAAUAUUUUUUACAAGAUUUGAGGAAAACGGAGUGAGAAAAUGGGUGCAAAAGCAUGGGAAACUGACGAAUUUUGACUAGAAAUUCGUCAGGUUACGAGAUGGGAGUAAAAGCAGCGAGAAAUAAGACGAAAAUGGAUAAAAGCGAGAGAUCGAAACGGCGGGGGGGAGCGAAGAGCAAAGCAGAGGAGACAAAAGAGUUGUAUUUUAAUACGGUACACUUUACACAAACGUGACGUUAGAGAAACGAGAAUUAAAACAAGUUCAAUCGGGUGGUGUUGAGGAGAAAAAACCUGCGCAACUUUCGGGGAUUUUUCACGAAAAAUAGCCUCGUCCAGGGGAUGAGAAAAAAGAUAUUUUGAGAAGCAUGGAAACGCGGUUUGCGUGGGCACAUGACUCGAAAUUCCGGAUUUUCUGGUCGCCGAACACCGCGGUUUGGGAGCCUCCGAACCAACUGUCUCGUCCACUGUUCUCCCGAUCUCUGGGCAUUAGAAAAAGCGAAGAAAACUCUAAGAUAGUGAGCGAAUAAAUCGAGCUGCGAAUCCUCAAUGUACAAACGACAGGGAGAGAGAGAAAGAAAAAUGAAGGAGGAGCCUUCGAGCCUCGGGCGAAGGAGAUUCGACCAUUUUUCAGAAUAAUAUUAAACCCAACAAAAUCAGGAGAAUCCGGCAGAUAAAUCGACCACGAAAUCCGCUCGAUUUUCUAUUUUUGUAUCGCUACGGAAUGAGUAAUAAAAUUUCCAGUUAUUCCACCGGUGGCCGAGCCAGUUCGCGUUAAUUAUCAAGCAAAGUUCAAAAUCCAAAAUUUUCACAUUUUCAUAUCUUUUUUCAAAAUUUCUAACCGCAAAACAAAAACUCGCGUUGCUCGGCCUCGAUGAGAGCCUCGAAUCAGAAUUCGAACCAUGAAAAAAAAAACAGAGAAAACAAAAUCCAUCAAAUUCGAAUACUUUUCCACUGGAUUUCAUUUUCAAAUAUCUCCAAAGAGGCCAAUUUUUUCAUCCUUCUGUUGUUGUUGUCUGCCGCUGCCACAUCGCUGCCGCUAAUUGUUGUUGUUGUUUGUCCGAUAUGAGCCGAAUAUUAUUUUUUCAAUUUUCAUAUUUAAAAGAAAAAACGAAAAAAAAAACAAAAAACAAAAAUACACCCACAUAAUUAUACAUACAUAUAUAUAAAUAUAUAUAAAAAAUAAAAUAUUCAAAUUGUGAUUGCGAUAGAAAUAGCUUGGAAAUUUCGGGCUCGAUUCACAGCCCAUGCUCACCUACGAAUAGUCCACUUUUUCCCAGUCAUAAAAAACUCGAGGAAGGAUCAAAAAUUCUCGAUCCCAAAAGAGAAAAAAAAUGCUGCCACGGAGCCCAAAAACUGCCGAAAAUACGAUUUUUCAAAAAUCUUCCAUCGCGUCAACUAGAAAAGCACAGAAAUCAUGCCCACGAAAUUUCAUUCCGUUUUUACUAAAACUCGAAAAAAAUUUAAACAAAAAAUCGACAUAUAUUUUCGAGAACGAAAACUAAAGCAAAACCGACUUUUCCAGUGAUCACACCUUCGAUAUUACUUAGCACAAACGAUUUUUAAUCCUCUCCUCUAUCCUCCUUUUUUGUGAGAAUAUAAAAACGACGAAUCGGACAAAAACUACGUUCAAUUUAUAUCUCCAUAUAUACGUAUAUAUGUAUGUAUGAAAAAUAUGAAAAAUAUAUGUAUGUAUGAUAAUACUAUAUUUUAGUAAAUGAAUUUAUCGAAAAUAAGUACGAAAUAAAAUGAUAAAAUGAGGAUAAAACGAGAUAUAAAUGCAUAAAUAAAUAAAUCUAUAUAAAUAUAUAUAUAUUAAAAUAUUAAAUAAAUAAUAAAAAAAAAAUAAUAAAAAUACUUCGUAUAAAUAAAAUCGCGAGAGCGAUUUAAGGGCGAGUCCUGUUUUAGAAAAUAAAAAAAAAAAAUCGAUUGUUUUUGGAAAUGUUUUUAAGGUAGACGAGAAUAACUCAGCAUAGCGAAUUUUUCGGUAUAGUUUUAAGGAUGUUUCAAAGUACAAAAACAUUUUUUUAAUUUGAGAAGUACUCAUUUGUACAUGGUUUGUGCGCCAAGUCUGAUCGUCGAAAUUUCUCAGCUGCGUACAGUGUGGAGAUCGUAAUUAUCGUCUGUAAUGGAAAAAAAAGCCGAAAAAAUUGGGAAAUGCUAUAUUUGCAGCAGCACGUCGAAGUGAUAUUCUUCUUCUUUAGAAACAUUUUUUUCAAAACUCUCUAAAAAUAUAGAAUUUCGCAAUUUCUUCGGGUUUUUAUAGGUUCGUAUGGAAGGAAAAUACAUGAAAAUGGGGAUAAAAUUGGAAUUUACGAUUUCCACAUUGUACGCAGGUGAGAAACUUUGACAAUCAGACUUGACCCAUAAGCCAUGUACAAACGAGUACUUCUCAAAUGAAAUAAAUGUUUUGUACGUUGAAAUAUGCUUGAAAUUGUACCGAAAUGUUCCCUGUGCUGAGUCAUUUCCAUCUACCUUAAAAGCACUGCCGAAAACAAUAGAUUUUUUAACCUUCUAAAGCAAGAGCCCCCCCUUAAGCCUAUAACCAUAAAAAAAGAAGAAAAAUCAUAAUUUUUAAGCGAAAUAUAAUUGCUAGUCUCCCAAUAAUAUAUGAUUCUUAAGUAUAAGCGAGGAAUGAUUGUUCGCGUAGCAUAUUAACGAAUGUAUUAAUUUGUAUGGUUAAGUUGUUAUUCAAUAUGAGAAUCGCACAAAAAUCCAUCGAUUGACGAGAGAAGAAAGGGAAUAGACUUAAAUAGCGAGGACGUGAGAGGACUCGAAUGUGGAAGCUGACGAAGUAGGGUGCUUUUUUGUGUGUUGAAAAAAGUAAAAAUGGAACAAUUAAAAUAUGGAAAUAAGUGAAAAUGCCAGGGAGCCAAUGUACGUUGAUGGUUAUGAUUUUAACAAAAAAUUCUUUCGUCUUCGAUAUUUCGAUGAAUGUGUAUGCACGAGUGAAGAGAGAAUUGGAAUUUGGGGAAGGAAGAUCGAAAUUAAAAUGUAUUUUGUUAAGGAACUUGUGGCGUGUCUCUGUAUGUGUGCGUGAGCAUCGAAUAUUUGUGUGCAAAUGUGAAGCUAAAUGGAGUAAUUUGAGGCCCCAGUGUACCAACGAACUGGCGAAAAGUCUUCUAAAAAUCUCGAAAAUUCAAUUCGAUCACCCCCGUAAGAAAAGAAACUUUCGAAACACUGUCCAAGUUUUCUUCGGAAAAGAAUUUUUUAACUCUACAGCCCCUUAAACCCCCCAUUCAAUCAGCUCGAAAUUGACCCUCGAAUCAGGCUAAUUUGUGCUCGAAUGUCGUCACUUAAUUAUUCAUUAUAAUUGUAUAAAUGAAAAAACCAAGAAAAAUAAUAGCGAAAAACAACAUACUAAAGCACGUGAAUCACGUAUUAUGAGAAUAUAUAAAUAUACAUAUAUAGAUUGUACAGUCGAUAUAUAUAUGAAUGCAUCACUAAUGUACCUUUUACACGUCCAAUAGUUAAUUUAGCCCCUGGAUUACCGAUCGAUUGAUAAAAACCAAUGAAACGAAGCAACAAAAAAAUUAGAGCUCAAACUGUGAAAUGCUGGUUUUACAAUGUUUUAAUUGAAGCAAAUUUUCUCGUUGGAAGAUCCUCCGUAGAAGGAGAGGAAAAGGUUCGUCUCGCUAGUUGUGCAUUUAUUCGAGUCAAUCGUUCGAUAUUCCUUGGGUUAAGACUGAUUCAGGAAACGAAAAUGAUGAAAUAAAAUAAUAAAGAAAAACAGGCAAAGGCAAA